CACUUCGGAUGUUCAGAUCAGGUCUGAUGAGGUCGGGUCGGGUUAAUUUUAAAAGUGGAGUCAUAUUAAAGUAUUAUGUCCACGCGAUUUGAAAUCUGAAACGGAUAUUUUUCGAGUCAGUUUCAAAUUGGGUCGGUCGGGUGUGGUUUUGAUACCUCUACUUCCAGGUUUGAAUUGUAUCAAGUUGUGUUUACACUUUGCACCCAAUUCAUUAGUUUAUUGCGUUUUGACUACUACACAAAGUAUAUGAUACUGAAUGUACCUAAGUCAUAGUUCAGAGUGUUGAGGCCAAUUAUGCCUUAGUAAAUUCGAGUUCUUGCUAUGUUUGGUGUGAUGGCCCUUAAAGGAAUCAAAUCAAGUAAACGUUAAUGACGUGUGACCGCGUGAAAUCAAGUAAGCUUUUUGUUAUUUUGGUAUAAUGGCCCUAAAAGGGAUCAAAUCAAAGAAAUAAAUCCCAUAAAGCAAAUACUUCAUAAAGAAGUAUAAUCGAAUCUCCUUUUAAUGGAAAAAGAAAUAAAAAGGGAAAGAGAUAAAAUCAUUAAAAUAAAAUUCAACCACACAAUUUGUAACAUUUUCACAUGGGCAACCUUGUCCCAAAACAAAAAUAAAUAAAUAAAUAAAUAAAACAAAAAUAAAUCAAAUUAUUGAACUACAACUAUAAAAGCCGCCUAAACUUUAACGGUUAUUUCUUUAAACACACCUCCAAAAAAUGGGAGGAGAGCCUCAAGGCCUCACCACUCCCUCCACCACCACACCAAGGCUAAAGAGGGAGAAUUACCGACAGACGAAACACGAUACCGCCUUCUCAAAAUGGAAAAUCCUAAUCGGUCCAUCAGAUUGGGUUAAUUAUGAGGCAAAAAAAGAAGGGGCAGAAAGAUACAGAGUAGCUAACCUCCCACCAAUUUGUAAUCCUGGAUUGUAUGAAAUUGGAGUUGCGGUUUGUCACUCUGAUUCGGGCCGUGAUGUUUCGAAACUCGAUACCGAGUUUAUUGUUGUGGUGUACUUGGGACAAGCUGAUAAUGUGAGGUCUAGGCUUCAAGAUUAUGGGCGUAAUGGAUCACAUUUGAUUAAUGGUUUUGGGUUAUUUAAGGAGAUCUUUUCUCGAGGCUAUCCUAUUGUUUAUCGAUGGGCUCCUAUGAAGAGCAAAAGUGAUGCUGAGAGAACAGAAGCUAAGCUGCUUGAAAGAUUUGAUUAUGCAUGGAACAAAGCUGGAAAUGGUGCACGCCGUCCUAAUGAUGUUCUAACUAAAAUGGAGAAGAUUUCAUCCCGAAACAUUAAAAUCCCUAAGAUUCUGAAGAUGCUACAAUCUUUCAGAGAGCAAAAAGUAGGCAUCCUAAUCAAAGCAGAGAAGUUUUCACUUGGCAACAAACCAGGUCAUGAUAUUUAUGACAAGAAUUUCAACCUCUUUGAUCGAGUUUUCAAAUUUUCUCGUUCACAACCACGAUUAGUUUCUACUAAUCCUGAGGCCAAUGCUGAGGACACCAAUAAAAUUCACAUUUGUGGAGUGAUUUUAAAUGAUGGAACAAUUUGUAGUAAUUCACCAUUUAAAGGAAGAAAACGUUGUUCCGAGCACAAAGGAAGAAGAUUGACUAGUGCAUCAAUCAACUCAAAAAUCAUGACAAAGGACUCCAGCACUAAUAACUCUCAGGUAGAAAAUUUUGUUAACGACGAGUUUUCUUCUAUUUGUGGUGUAAUUUUACUUGAUAGUUCUCCAUGUACAAAGUCACCCUCUCCUGGUAGGAAAAGAUGUGAGGAGCAUAAAGACUGUUGUGGAGUGAAUUUGGGUGAUGGAAAAUGCUGUGAAAGGCAGCCAGUGAAAGGAAGGAAGAGGUGUGAGCAGCAUAAAGGGAUGCGCGUUAAUGCAUAUGUGUCUAAGUUAUCAUCAAGAGUGAAUUAAGCAAAUGCUGGCCAAAAAUAAACCAAUUUGAUACAAUCUCAGAUGUCAGGCCUGUACAUGAUUAUCUGCUACUCACCACUGGGCUAGUCCGUGUGCUUUCGAUCAUCAGCAGGUAGUUCUUACUGCAGAAGGAGGACUCAAGACUGGCACAGACACAAAAUAAGCACAAGGGGUGGCUUAAUUUAUUGUGUACUCAUCAACAUGAUAGCUCUUUUUAAUAUGUAUUUUAAGAAAUAGAAACACAAAAUAUAGUCUGUUUUAAAUUAAGCACAGAACAGAAAAUGAAAACAAAAGCAAUGUAGAACAAGGUGUGUAUUUUUCUUUUCAUUUAUUUUUCCAUAGGAAUAGAUUUGUAUCUUAGAGUUUAGCCAUACUUUAAAGAGACAUCUGAAAAGUUUAGGAUA